CCACUCGCAACCCGUGCGCGAUCAAACGAACAAUCGCACAUUCUGGCGCGUCUGAACCGUCAUCAUCGUCCCCGUCGUCCGAGUAGAGAGGUAGAGAGAGUGGCGCAGAAACAGAAAGUUUUGCUCUCAAGUGUCACACGCCGCGCCGGGUUUUGUUUUCUGCUAAAAUUCAAUGUUGUUAGUGUUUUAGUUGGUGUGGAAGUGUGCAGCAGAUGAUAAUCCCGUUUGGCGUUUAGUUUCCGCGUUAUCAUCGUGGUCGCGUCGUUAGUUCUGCUCGCGAGGGUAUCUCCCGCUCAAAUAGUUUCCGCGAGGUGCAUCCCUAUUAGAACGCCGUCGUCGUCGUCACCGUCGAUGUGUGUUGUCCGUGGGCUUUUGUGAAGAAAUUACAAGCUGAUAAGGGUUGUCAGUGUUUUUACUUUUAUCAUUAUUUGCGAAGAGUUUAUCCUCGUAGUGUAGCGUUCCGUGAAAAAGUGCUGAUUGUCUAAUAAAACGAUUAAACAAAUCUGCUGUUUAGUGGCGUGUUGGGCUGCUUUCGGCGGAGGUCAGUUUCCUUCAGUGAGCUGGAAGUUAGCCGUUAACCUUGUUUUGUGUGAGUCGUGAACGCAAAAAAAAUAGCGUCGUAAACACGUUGUUGUCCAAUUGGGCUGGCGGUGGUGUGGUUGUUCGACGGCAAGAUCCCAUCUAAUUGGAACCGAGUACGGAAGCUGCCAGCUACCUUGCAGGCUGUUGCCGACAGUAACUAAACGCCGGAAACUACACAAACAGCAAAAAAACACACAAAUGGCCGAAAAACUGCAGGAGGAAAAGUUCGAGCGCUUCGGGCGCGUCGAACAGGUGGAAAAUUUCACCACAACGGAUCCGAACGGAGCGGUGAAGCUGCGCGUUGCCAAGGAGGGCAUCGCCUCGUUGGAUCCGAUGUCGGUACCGGAUCUGGUCAACCGUACCGUGCGGGACUAUCCGGACCAUCCGGCCAUGGUGUACAAGAAUACGCAGAACCGCUGGACUACCGUUACCUAUAGGGAAUACCGCGACCGGGUCCAUAAAAUGGCCAAAGUGUUUAUCAAGCUGGGCCUAGAACCCCAUCACACCGUCAGCGUCCUCGCUUUCAACAGUCCCGAGUGGUUCGUCUCCGAACUGGCAGCCAUCCACGCUGGUGGCAUCAUUACCGGCGUGUAUACGACCAAUUCGGCCGAGUCGGUUAAGCACGUACUGGAGAGCUCUCGGACCAACAUCGUCGUGGUGGACGACGCCAAACAGAUGGAGAAGAUCUACUCCAUCAAGAGCCAGUUGCCACAUCUGAAGGCUGUCAUCCAGACGACGGCCCCUUAUGCGCCCUACGUCAAGCGCGAGGAUGGCUACUAUCGGUGGUCCGAGCUGGAGGAGAUGAACACCGACGACGUGGAGGAGGAAUUCAAGAACCGCUUGGCGAACAUCGUCAUCAAUAAGUGCUGCUGUCUGGUCUAUACGUCGGGAACCGUUGGCAAUCCGAAGGGGGUGAUGAUGUCCCAUGACAGUUUGACCUGGGAUUCGUACUCCAUCGGUAAACGAUUGGAUCAGAUUCAGUACGGAAAGGAAGUGUUGGUGUCAUUCCUGCCCCUGAGCCACAUUGCCGCCCAGAUGGUGGACAUUUUCCUGUCGCUGCAGUUCGCUUGUACGGUGUACUUCGCCGACAAGGACGCCAUGAAGGGAACGCUGAUCAACACGCUACAGGAAGCCAAGCCGACGCGUAUGCUGGGCGUUCCUCGGGUGUACGAAAAGAUUCAGGAGAAGAUGUUGGCAAUUGGGGCACAGAGUGGAACCGCCAAGAAGAUGAUUUCCUCUUGGGCCAAGAGCGUGACGUUGCAGCAUCAUCUGAAUGCGAUGGAAGGCAAACCAACCAACUCCUUGCAGUACCGUUUCGUGAGAAACUUCCUGCUUUCGAAGGUAAAGGACGCGUUGGGACUGAGUCGGUGCAUGACGAUGGUCACAGCGGCCGCUCCGAUGGAUCCGGAAACGAAGAAGUACUUCAUGAGCCUGGACAUGCCGAUCAUGGAGGCGUUCGGAAUGUCGGAGACCUGCGGAGCGCACUCGUUGACCACGGCCGACAGCUACAACUUCGCCACGAUCGGCAAGAGCUUGGGCGGAUGCGAGACUAAAAUCGACAAACCGGACGAACGUGGCCACGGGGAGAUCUGCAUGCGAGGACGACACAUCCUGAUGGGAUACGUUGGCGAUGAGAUUAAGACUAAGGAGGCCAUCGAUGAGGAGGGAUGGCUGCACUCUGGGGACGUGGGUUACAUUGAUGAUCAGGAGUUUAUCUACAUUACCGGAAGAAUCAAGGAACUUAUCAUUACCGCGGGCGGUGAAAACAUUCCCCCGGUGCACGUGGAAAAUCUGGUCAAGAACGAACUGAUGCAGGUGAGCAACGCAUUCCUGGUGGGCGACAAGCGCAAGUUCCUGACCAUGUUGAUCACGCUGAAAACGCAAAUGAACCUGGACAGCGGUGAGCCGAAGGACGAACUGACGCCGGAGACGAUCGCCUGGGUGAAGGGACUGGGCGUGGAGUACACCAAGCUGAGCCAGAUCAUUGCCGCUGGGCCGUGUCCGAAGGUGCUUCAAGCCAUUCAGGAGGGUAUCGAUCGCGCCAACAAGAAAGCUAUUUCCAACGCCCAAAAAGUACAAAAAUUCACUCUGCUAUCGGCUGACUUCUCGGUGCCCGGAGGAGAACUCGGCCCAACCCUAAAGGUGAAGCGAAACAUAGUUAACAAGAAGUACGAUGACAUAAUUGAAAAGUUCUACGCCUGAUGAUUGGACACUUGCCGCUGGUACCAAAAACAAAAGACAGAAAAAGAUGCUGCUGCUGUUGAUAUAAUGUUAUAAUUUUUUGUUUCGUUUUGAAUUUUUAUAUCUUUGUUUAUUUUUUUUUUUGUUUUUUGCUAAUGGGCGUUGCCAGCAACGCCGCUAGCAAUGGGACUUAAAGACACUAUUACUUCUGUUAGCCACAUAUUACUCUAGUAGAGAAAUUUACACGUCGAACACCUGAACCGCGCGCCGUUUGGUGGGUCCAAUAGCUUAGGAUUAGUUGGUGAUAUUAUAUUUUGCAAUUUCGCGUACAAUCCGGGAAAACGAGAGGCUCAGACACCGCGAGAGAGCCGGACAACGGAACAAUAGGCGGCAGAAGACGGCUCCUGUAAAUAGGAUUCCAUUUUAGGAUGUAAUUAUUACCUCAUUAGGAUCAUUACUGUUAUCGAGAUGUGGAUGCGAGUGAUAUGUACGAAGCUUACUCUAUGAGGGAAUCACUCGAACAGCGGGUGAGACACACAGAGGAAGAGCGGAACUAGAAAGAGAGCGCGCGCACAGAGCGAUGGUUAGCUAAUAAUUGAAUAAAAUCAAUUUUCUUAUAA